CGAUGAACGACAGUCAUCGAACUACAUUUCCCAGCAUUCAAAGCAACUAGAGUGACAUGACGUCAUCAGUCAGCGACGGUUUAUGUUUUGAACGCUCGGAGUACGAUGCGUGGAGAUUAAUAAUCCAUAAAAGAUGUUUGUGCCCAGAUCUCUGAAAGUGAAGAGACCAGUCCAGACCUCAAGCCAUGUUCUGACUAAGAAAAGCAAAGUAGAAGAGGAGAGGAAGGAUGGAGGUAACCCAGCUGCACCUGCUCAGGUGGAGGAGGAAGAGGAGGAGGCAUGGGAAGACCCUAAAUCACAAGAUGUGACAACACCAGACUCUGCAGGUUUGUCAAAGAGCUCAGUGGGUGAAGAUAAGGAUGAGUCUGCCUCAAGUGACACAGAGGAUGAUGAAGAAGAGGAGGAAGAAGAGGAACCUGUGAAGUCUUUCAAGAAGUAUCAGAGAUGGCCUGAGCCUGGAGAGCCGGUCUGUGUGAUGUGUGGUCGCUACGGGGAGUACAUCUGUGACAGCACAGACAAUGACGUCUGCAGUCUCGAGUGCAAAGCCAAACAUCUGGUCCAGAUGGGGAUGGGGACCGGGGCGGAUGCGUUCACCCGAAAGGAGAACAGUGCACCUGAUGUGACUCAAGGUGACCCUGGUGGAGCAGGUCUCACUGAAGCGAGCUACUCCUACAAGGAGAAUGUGUUCAUAUCAGGUCUGACGGAGGAGCAGGUGCAGAGGAUCAAACAGGAGCUGGGUAUCGACACAGAGGGGAGAGACGUCAGGAGACCGAUAGUGGAGUUUGAACACUGUGGCUUCCCCCUGAAGCUGAACGGCAACCUGAAGAAAGCCGGCUACCAGGCGCCCACGCCGGUCCAGAUGCAGAUGGUUCCCGUGGGUCUCACAGGCAGGGAUGUGAUCGCCAGUGCGGAUACAGGCUCAGGGAAGACUGUGGCCUUCCUCCUGCCUGUGGUGUUGAGAGCGUUAGAGAAACCAGCUCAGACUGAGAGCGGCCCCGUGGCUCUCAUCCUCACCCCCACCAGAGAACUGGCCAUUCAGAUAGAGAGGCAGGCCAAAGAGCUGGUGAUCGGUCUCCCUAACAUGAGAACGGCUCUGCUGGUGGGAGGCAUGCCGCUCCCUCCUCAGCUCCAUCGCCUCAAAAGCAGCAUCAAAAUCAUCAUCGCCACGCCUGGUCGACUGAUUGAGAUCUUAAAGCAGAAGGCGGUGCAGCUGGAUAAUGUGAAGGUUGCGGUGGUUGAUGAGGUGGACACGAUGCUGAAGAUGGGCUUCCAGCAGCAGGUCCUUGAGGUUUUGGGGCAUGUCACCGAAGUACAUCAGACUUUGCUUGUGUCCGCCACCAUCCCAAAGGGGACAGAGGAGCUGGCGUCUCGAUUGGUUCACGACCCGGUCCGGAUUGUCAUCGGGGAGAAGAACCAACCAUGUGCCAACGUGAGGCAGAUCCUGCUCUGGGUGGAGGAACCCUCCAAGAAGAAGAAGCUCUUUGAGAUCGUCAAUGACAGUAAGCUGUACCAUCCCCCCGUGGUCGUCUUUGUGGACUGUAAACUGGGCGCUGAUUUGCUGUGCGAGGCGGUCGCCAAGGUGACAGGCCUCAAUACUGUGGCAAUCCACUCGGACAAGACGCAGUGGGAACGCAACCGCAUCCUCAGGGGUCUUCUGGAUGGAGACUUUGAGGUGGUGAUCAGUACAGGUGUGCUGGGCAGAGGUUUGGACCUGGCCAAUGUCAGACUGGUGGUUAACUUUGACAUGCCAAACUCAAUGGACGAGUAUGUGCAUCAGGUGGGACGAGCAGGGCGUCUGGGACACAGAGGAACAGCCAUCACCUUCCUCAACAACAACAACAAGCGUUUAUUCCUGGAGGUGGUAAACAGGGUCAAACCCACAGGCUCCAUUCUUCCCCCUCAGCUCUUGAACUCACCACACCUCCAUGAACAGCAGAGGAGGGAGAAACAGAAAGCCAAGCAGGAGUCUGAUGACGUGCUGGUCACCAAGAGCAAUCUAUUAGACAUCAUAAGGAAACACGACCGCCGCAAGAAGUAGCACAUUUCUAUAAUUGUUCCUGCAAUGGUGCUGUGUGUUUACUGAGUAAAUACUGAAUGUAUUAUUUGUAUGAUCUUUUCUCAUUUGUAUGUGUUCUAAAUAAAUAAAUCUUGUAUUCUUAUGA